AUGCUAACUUUUCGCGUCUUACGCGGUUUCCAGCAGGAACACUAAACGACGCAGAAGCCGCACACAACCUGCCCCACGGGAGUGGUAAAUCCUCUGCGCGACCGCCCAGCUGCGGUGGCUGAUGGUAGUGGCGGCAAACUGCGUGAGAAGGCUGAUCAGAACACGAGAUUCUUCGACAAAAAGAGCAAACUCAGCAAGGAUCCGCCGCGUCCUCCGGUUCGAGUAGCUAAAGGUAUGCGCUUACAUCUGGCCCUUUCCGUUGUUCAUUAUUUGAGCAUAUGGAUUUGA